CAAAUAUGUAUAUGUGUAUCCGACCGUGAAACACUUUGGUACUUCAUAAAGGAAACUUUUCAUUGAUAACAAUUAUAAAUAUAUCUACAUUUUAUUGAUAGUAAAACUUGAACUAUGAUGAAUGCUAAUGAUCAUACAUACGAUGAACCAGCUGAAGAGAAAGUAUACACACAACUUGCAUCCAUUUCUAAUGAUUAUCGAAAGUAUGAUGACUUAAAACGACCAGUCUCGCACCACUCAUAUUUUGAACCUCAAUCAGAUCCUAAACCACACCAUGUAUGCAAAGAUGUUAAAAUCAAAGUUUGGAUAGCAUUCACUACUGUUAUAAUCAUAGGAUUAGUAGCUGGGCUGACGUACAUUGUGAUUAAGUUUCGUUAUAAUACAGACGACUGUAUUAAAGCUGAAGAUAGCGGAAAUGCAGGCUUUCGAAUAUCAGAAACUAGGGCAGAAUGUCCAAAUGAUUGGCAAACUUUUGAUAAUUGGUGUUAUAAAGAAUUCUCAGAACGGCGAACAUGGUUUCAGGCUGGUGAUCAUUGUCGAAGCAUUGGAACUGAUCUUGUUAGUGUUCAUACUGAAAGGGAAACCAGUUUUCUGAUAAAUAAUUUUACACAGACGUUUCAGUGGAUAGGACUCAGCAAUUAUCAUAAUAAUGGGAAGUUUGUCUGGAGUGAUGGAACAAUUUUGAAUUAUACUGACUGGAGAAAUAACGAACCGAAUAACUACAAUAAUAACGAGAACUGUACACACCUUUACAAUUUAUACCCUAAGAAGUGGAAUGACAACAAUUGUUUUAUGUCAUUGAGAUUUAUUUGCAAAAUGAAAGUUUAUCCAAGAUGUGGGCCUGGUGUGUGGAUAUAUUACAAGGAUUCUUGUUAUUCAUUUAAUACAUUACUUAAUGUCGAAUUUACAGAAGCCCGUACAUUUUGUCAGAACAAUGGUUCAGAUUUAGUUAUCAUUGGGUCUAAAGAGGAAUACAAUUUUAUAAUAAGCCAAACUACUAAACAUCAAGGUGCUGAUUUUUGGAUUGGAUUACAGAAACACAGGAAUCAGACAUACAGCUGGAUAGAUGGCAGUCAUCCUACGUACCUCGCCUGGGGGAUAAAUGAACCCAUCGCAUUCAUUAAUUUAUGUUUCAAAUCAUCUAGCAGGUAUGGAAAUUGGUAUGGUGAUAGUUGCAGCAAUCAAAAUCGGGUUGUUUGCGAGAAACGAUUACUAGUCAGGAGUCUGGUAAUGAAAACUAGUAAUCAUAUUUACGACGAACCUACUGAUGAAACAGGAUAUACACAACUUGCAUCAAUUUCAGAUAAUGUUCAAAAGUAUGACGACUUAAAGCAAUCAGACUCGCAUCACUCAUAUUUCGAACCUCAACCAAACCCUCAACCAUAUGUGAAAAAAGAUGUAAAAGUAAGAUUGGAUGUUUCUAAUGUUCAUGAUAAAAAAUCAAAGUGUCUUAUAAGAAUAUGGAUAGCGUUCACUACUGUUAUCAUAAUAGGAUUAGCAGCUGGGCUAACAUACAUUGUCAUUCAAUCUAACUAUAAUACAGAAGUAUGUAUUAUAUCUAAAGACAGUAUAAAUGCAGGUUUUCUGAUAUCAAAUAUUUGGACAGAAUGUCCAAGUGAUUGGAAGACGUUCGAUAAUUGGUGUUAUAAAGAAUUUUCAGAACGGCGGUCAUGGUUUCAGGCUCGUGACUAUUGUCGAAGUAUUGGAACUGAUCUUGUUAGUGUUCAUAAUGAAAAGGAAAAUAAUUUUCUAAUAACAAAUUUUACACAGACUUCUUCGUGGAUAGGACUCAGCAAUUUGCAUAACAAUGCGAAAACUGUCUGGAGUGACGGAACAAUUUUAAAUUUUACCGAUUGGGGAGAAUCAGAACCGAAUAACUUCAAUAAUAACGAGAACUGCGCCCAACUUUUUUUGAAACCGGACUCUCAAAAGUGGAAUGACAAUAAUUGUUUUAUGUCGUUAAGAUUUACAUGCAAAACGCAAAUUUAUCCAAAAUGUAGGCCUGGGGAAUGGUUAUAUCAUAAGAAUUCUUGUUAUUCAAUCAAUACAUUACUCGAUGUUGAUUUUACAGAAGCCCGUACAUUUUGUAGGAAAAAUGGUUCAGAUUUAGUUAUGAUUGGGUCUAAAAAGGAAUACAAUUGUAUAAUAAGUCAAACUACAAAACACCAAGGUGCUGAUUUUUGGAUUGGAUUACAGAAACACAGGAAUCAGACAUACAGCUGGAUAGAUGGCAGUCAUCCUACGUACCUCGCCUGGGGGAUAAAUGAACCCAAAGCAGAUAAUAAUUUAUGCGUCAAAUCAUCUAGCAUGUAUGGAAAUUGGUAUGGUGAUAGUUGCAGCAAUCAAAAUCUGGUUGUUUGCGAGAAACGAUUAAUUUGAAAUGAGUUAUUUGUCAAUUGUGAAAGGCGCAUGCAUGGUUCGAAUUACUUAGUAUAUGUUUUUGAUUUAUUUGUUUUUUGUUUUUGUCCAAUGAUAUUAAAUGUUCUUUUUAUAUAUGUUUCUACUUUUGCGAUACACUUUAUUAUAAAACUGUAUGCAAAUGGUUUCUUAUUUUGAAUGAUUUGUUUAUCAUUAUUUUAUAUUAAUGUUACAAAAAAGUACAAUUAUAAACCUAUAAAACGAUUGAAUUUCUAAUAAGAAUAAAAAUGCCUGUGGGCAAUACCAAUCAUUACAUUCAAAGGUGUUCCAUAUUUAAUUAAAUCAUCAAGCUUUCAACAGUUAAACAUGCAUCUUUUGACAUUUUAGUGACUAUAUAGCGUGUUAACAAUAUAUAUAAUCUUAAAUAUAUUGAUUAUUGUUUGAGAGUACAUUGCAGAGAUCAUAAGAGAUCUAAACAGAUAAACUAAAAUCCAAUAAAACCAUCGUUCGUCAUUGGCUUUAGGUUCUGGGAAGUAAAUUACAUGUAUAGAGCUGAGGUAUAUAUGUCGCAGAGACAGCGAAUGAACAAUAGAAAUACCUAAGAUAUUAAGAAGUCUAUACAUAGGUAUGAUACAUUGUACAUUAUACGAAAAUUAAAGUUGAUUUAUAAACAUACAUUUGUUAAUUAGAUUAAUAAUUGCAAG